UUUCCUUUUUUUUCAAUCAAUUUGUUUGAAAAAAAAAAAAAAAUAAGGAUUAUUAUUAAGCAAAAAAAAAAAACUUGAGAAGGAUUGAUAUCUCGCAAUAAACAUUUGGAAGCAGAACGAGGAUUAUAUUUUCGUCACAGGACGUUGAACGAGAGCGAAAAGUUUUAGCAAAAAAAAAAAAAACAAUUCUUGUCUGACGGAUUGUCAUUGAUAUUUUUUUAAAGGGCAGUCGGCAGGCAACAACAAAACAAAAAAAAAAUAAUAAUCAUUCAACCAUAAAAAGUCGUGUUGAGAGAUCCCCAAACGAAGCAAAGUGAAUAAUCACGACAAGGACUCCACUGAAAACAAGAGUCAAAUUUAAUUUCAUCCGCAUUGCGACAUCACACAUGCUCUUGCAUUAUCCUAGUCUCAGAGACAGACACAAAUUCAUAUAAAUAAUCUCCUUCUCUCUCUCACUCUUGCUCACAUUAAAACACCAAGGAUAUAUCAACACAAAAAAAAAAACAUAGAUACACACAAGCUACAAUAAUAAUUCUACCUACCGAUUGUUCCUAUGGGCCAAAUAACUCAUAUUAACUGGCUUAAUCCGUCUGCACUUGAAAAGGAGGUGGAAUUUUUAUGCAAAUAAAAGAAAAAUCAUGUUCACUUCUAUGAUUUCCCAGAACGCGACGCGGCGUCUUUUUUGCUCCUUCAUACAACCCAAACAACGCCAACGAUUAAAUUGAUCACAAGACAAUAUAUAAGAAGGCUUUUAAGGCGACACAAAAAAAUAUGAUACUCAAGUGUAAGGAUGACAUAAGGCUCGAAAGACCAAGGAUAAGGGAAAUUGCUACGCAAAACUUGACAAAGAGAAUCAAGGAGGAAAAACUCCUCUAGAAAACAGCGAAAGUAUACGAUAACGAACGAAGUGAAAAAAAAAACAAACAAAAGAUUCAAAAAGAACUUUUUAAAGUCACAAGAGACAGAGGCUAUGACAGGAUUCGGAUUCAAUGUACCUAGAUUAAUAAAAGCAAAGUGCUGCUGUUAUAUCAGAUGCUUUUUCCUCGACUAAGUUUGCAUUUAAUUCCCACCUCAUCCGCCUCCGCAUUUACCACUACCACCAACAAACAAACCAACCCGCUGUUUCGUUGUUUAUAAUUGUUUAUUUGAUUGCGCUCUUUGUUUCGUUUAUUGUUUGUCUUUGAUUUUGUCGACUUUUGAGCAUUAAAAGGACAUCGCCAGCAAUUGACGCGCACAAGUGUGGUGUUGCUUGCACACACACUCUCAUCCAAAAAGUAGAUAUAGCUCUUUAGCACUUAACUUUAAAAGGUGCAGCUUUGAAGAAUACUAAAUUUAAAAGUGUGGUAUAGCAAAAGGAUAAGGUGUAUCCUUUUUUAUUCUCCUCUACCAUAUUGAAUAGAAUACACCCACAAAAGCCAGAAGAAGAGCCAAAAGUCAAUAUCAUCGAUGUUCCAUUCAAUAAUAGAUAGAAAUAGACGAAGACAUUGUAGAUACAAUUCAAUUCGGAUACCGAUAACGAUACCGCUCUAUAGCAAGAGAAGGAGAAUAAGGAUCAAUAUAAUGGACUCAGUUGUGAUGCAAUCGAGAUGUUUAUGGAGCUUUUUACUGAUUAUUUCGUUUAUGUGCAAUGGGACAUUUUCAGAUAUGGGUAAAAUCUCAUCGGCAAGCAUACAAAAUCACUUCAGCACCUCCACACAAUCACAUUUCUCAACAAAAAACAAUACCCGGGUUAUAGCACAAAAAGGAGGCCUAGCAAUUUUGCCAUGUGUUGUCAAAUUAAAUUCACCAGCUACAGUAUCCUGGAUACGACGAAAAGAUUUUCAAUUGCUCACAGUUGGCCUGUCGACCCAUAGCAGUGAUAAACGUUUUUUAGUUGAACACACCCGCCAUAUGGGUCACUGGUCGUUACGCAUCAAAUCGGUCCGUGAGGACGACCGAGGAUUCUACGAGUGCCAAUUAUCUAUUUAUCCAACACAAUCGAUAUUCAUCGAGCUGAAAGUAGUCGAGGCCGUUGCUGAAAUCACUGGAGCACCUGAUUUACACAUAGAUGAGGGUUCAGCACUACGUUUGGAAUGCAAAUUAAAACGUGCCACAGAAAACCCAUCGUUUGUUUUUUGGUACCAUGACAAUAAAAUGGUGAACUAUGAUUCACAGGAUGGUUUUUCUGUAACAUCAACAACUGUUAAUAUGCCAGCAUCUGAAGGUGGCAACACCAAUACCAACCACAGAGAUCGAAGCCAUACGAGUACUAGCAGCAGCAGUAGUGGCGGUAGCAGUAGUACGAGCAGUAGUAGUAGUAAUAGUUUAAGCAGUAAUAGUAGCCAUGGUCAUGGGAAUAGUGGACAUAUGUCUUCAUUAGGAUCACAACAUCAAUCUUCUUACUUACAAGCGCCUUCGACAAGCGUGUUAACAAUACAGGAAGUGCAUUUUCAUCAUGCGGGCAAUUAUACGUGUGCACCGUCAAAUGCAAGACCAGCCAGUAUAACAGUUCAUGUCCUAAGAGGCGAAAAACCCGCUGCAAUGCAACACGCCAAUCGUAGUAUGGUCGAAGGCGAAGGAGGCAUCAAUAGCAGUGGCGUGAGUAGCAGCAGUAGCAGCAUUAGCGUUUCUGCCGGAGCAAGCACCAGCAAAGCCAAUAGUCAUCCUAUGCUCAAUCGCAUUUUCCGUUUCAGUGCAAUGGUCGAGUUCUUAUGCUAUCGGAAAGGAUCAUUGGCGUGGCUUCUAACGACAAUGUUUAACUUAAUGGGUAGCCUGCAUCGAAUCGAUAGAUGAAAUUUCUUCAAUAAUGCCCAUCACAGACUGUUACGUAUAUAUAUAUAAAUAUGGACUAAGUAAGGAUUUGAGUAAAAAACAAAAAAAAAAAAAACAAAAAUAGAAAACCAUUUAAACAGACACACAGCAAGAAAUUAAAAUAAAAAAUAGAAGAAAAAAAAAAACUAAUAAUAAAAAUAGCAAGUAAGAAAGGAUAACAAUAAGUUUAUUUG